CAGAUUCUCUGCAUGACCAGAAUUGAGAUGAAUUGUGGCUUGAUAUAACAUUUCUUUCCAUUUCCUCCAAUGAUUGCCCGGGGGUUUGAAUUUCCUUUCAACUCGAUCUUUACCAUUCAUUCAAUCCCUUCAUUUCACCUAGACCAUUAAUUUCCAUCUGGGUAAAGACACAGCAAGAAUGGAAAAGGUCGCAGCGACAGAUGUAGUGGGUCUAGACACCACCUUGGCUUAUGCUGGACGGCUUUCCUUCGUUUUUCAUAGGUAUCGACUGCUCUCUACGGAGAAUGAAUAUCUUAUACCUAGUGUUGUUGAAGAACAUAUUAGCCUUCUCAUUUCUACCAUUGGUACGCUCAACGAAGUGCUUGGCCUUCUAAAACGAGAAGACGCGGGUAAAACUCAAAAUCACGUCUUCAGCAACGAUGGUCUUCAAUUUGUGAAUUUGCUGGUAGGAGAGUGUGCGAAGGUCUUGGGUAAAAUUGCUCCUAUGGCUACAAAAGCUGCUCAGAAGGUGGAACGAAAGAAGAAGCAAGAAAGUGCGAAGAAAGCCAAAGAGGAGAUCAUUGAGCCUGUCGAACCAACGCAAUUACAGCUCGACGAGGAAAAGUUCUUGAAGGACCUCGAGACUGCAGUGUGGUAUCGUGUAGACAACGAUACACAUGCCUACCUGGAGCGGUUCAAAAAGAUCCAAUUACAUCUUCUCUUGGUAUACCAAGUUGUUACUGUUGGCUUGCUUCUAGGAAAUCUAUCCUCUGGGAAAUUCGAUAUUGAAAAGGUCGUCUCCUGCCACGAACGUAUCAACCGCACCUUCGAUCUGGUUCGUGGCUCUUCACCAAGUCGGCGCCGAAACUUUCGUUCCAGCAGUAGCUCUACAUAUACGCUGAGUGAGUCGGAUAGCGAUAGUGAUGCUAGCUCGGUGAUUUCUAGGAGAAGACAAAAACCACGCCCGAAUCUCGCCACACACUGCCCUCCACCCCCUUCACCCUUUCCGUCUGUAGACAGAUGUCUUCCUCGGCCCUUCUUGAGAGCAACUGCUCCGCCCCAUCCGCCUCCUGCCAUGGCAUAUAUGUCAAGACCAUCAAUUCAACAUUCUACGUCUCCCCCAAGAUUUAUUGAUCUGAAUACCAAACCCCCCUCGUACGAGAGCCAUAGAGGCUCCACUGCGCCGACAUUGAAGCAAGCAUUGCCAUUAACAAAUUCCCCAACAUCUCCACGAGUAUUAUCGGAUGAGAAAGGCCAGGAUAACAAGGCGGAUUCAGUAACAAAGAAGGCGGGGGAGGAAGAAGAGCAAGUAGUGAAGAAACACGUGGAGUCCCGAGCACCAGAAGGUCAACUAUUCAAUUCUCCCCACAACCGCCUUAGCUUCAAAAUCAAAAGUCUCUUCCGAAGCAAGGAGUCUCUUGCUACUGAGAUGAAGAAAGUCGUGGAAAGUACUUCAAGCGUACUCGACGCUUUCCUCAUUCAGGGUUGUGAUAUUAGACCAAUCCCUCACUCGGCUUUUCACAGCUUGGAAGCCACGCACAUGCGUACGAUUCUGAGCCAAUUGAAUGAUAAUAGCUGGUUUGAGACCUUCAGUAACCUGACAAGAGUUGAGCAUACUACACUUGAUAUCGCUCUGUGUCCCUGGGGACAGACAAAAUUGCAUCGAGAGGUAGUAGUGCUUAAGGUCUUACAAGAGGAUAAAACAAAUGUAUGGAUGCGUCUCAUUGCUAAUAAGUCUUUCACUCCUAUACUGCCACAGCAUCCAAACGGUCGAGUCAUAUUAGCCAUUGUUCGAGAGCACCUGGAUGAUGACAAAAAAUUAAGUCCGAUACCUCGUGGAACUAUGGGAGCGUCUAUACAGCGUUUUCCUGUGCCUCCUACAUCUCUAGGAUUUCUUCCAUCAGGCCCACCACCCCCUCCUGAAGUUCUAUCAGGUCCUCCUCCCCCUCCUCCCAGAGGUAUGCUAUAUCCGCCUCCACCUCCUGCUAUGCACCCAGCAAUAAGACCUCCUCCAAUGACAGCACCCAGGGGUCUUAGUAGUCCCCCACCUCCGCCUCCACCCCCGCCUUCGGCCCCUAACCCACAUUUCAAUACAAGCGAAGCCCAAAUCUACAGCAAUGCUGAAGCAUUAGUUGCUCUCACAACAUACGCUGAGUAUACGCUUCGACAAGCCGAGCCUAACGAACUCAGUCUCCGUACCUGGUUCAAGAUAACCAUAACCCACGAAAACAACACCGUUCGCGACAUAGUCGCUCGCGUAGAAUCAUUCAACAAAUGCGGAGGUUCUGUUAUCAACUCUCAACUCCGUCUCACAGAUCAACAAGCUACUCACAUGACCCGGAUCUUGGAAGAUCUUCAAAUGAAAGAACGAGAUCACAGGUUUGAAUGGUGUUGGGUGGAACUAAGUCUUCACAAUAGUAUUGGAGAAGUAGAUCUUGCUGCGCGCGGUCAUGCAGCCCAAACUGCAUCGAUGAUUCAUUUAAUCGCUCGCAGAUCUCUGAAGAGAGAGUAUAAACCUUAUGAGGUUUAUAAUCUGCUUGUGAGAGGGCCACCACGUCCAGGCUUCAACAAUGGUCUUCCUCCACGACCAGGUCCAGUCGGAAUACCACUACCAAUGCCUGGACCUCCUCCACCGCCUCCACCACCACAGCCUAGAGCAGCAUCUCCAUUUAUCAUUGAUCGCUUGAGACCACGACCCCUCUGCAAUGGAAGAGUUAGAUAUACGAGUAAGAAUGAUCGCGAUGAUUCAGGUAGCUCAGGGAGCGAUAGUGAUACUACUUAUGAUAGUAGAGGCAGCCGAGCGAGAAGAACACGUCGUAAUGAAAGAAGUAUGAGACGACGUUAUUCUGAUAGUGAAAUCUCGGAUGAUAGCGAUGAUGAAGAAGAUGUGAUCAAGAUUCCGAUCAUUUUGAAGAGGGGAGAUGAUGUGGUUAAGAAGCUUUUGGAUCUUUGGACACCGAAUACAGAGAAUGUUGCAAAGUCAACGGGCGGAGUGAGUGAGAGCUCCUAGUCCAAGGAACAAAUUGAGGGGAGGCGGAGUUUAUUCUUUUCAAAUUUUAAUUAAAAGUGGGAUA